AUGAUUGGUGGUGUAUGGUCGAAGGAGAGAAACUUACAGCUCGAAGCGACUACUCAGUUCCGGAAACUGCUUUCUAUUGAGCGUAGUCCUCCAAUCGAGGAGGUGAUAGAAGCUGGUGUUGUGCCUCGGUUUGUGGAGUUUCUCAUGAGGGAGGAUUAUCCACAGCUCCAGGCUGUUUGGGCAUUAGGGAAUGUUGCUGGUGACUCUCCACGAUGCAGAGAUCUUGUACUAAGUCAGGGAGCUUUGUUACCACUACUUUCUCAGUUGAAUGAGCAUGCUAAACUUUCAAUGCUGAGAAAUGCUACUUGGACCCUCUCAAACUUCUGCAGGGGAAAGCCACAGCCUACUUUUGACCAGGUUUGUCUCUCAUUUCUUCCUGAGUUUGUCCUUAUGAUCAAGGAAGAUUAUGUAAUUUCUCUGAUCUCUCAAGAACUGGUUAGCCCAGGACUUCCGGCCCUUGAACGCCUGAUUCACUCGACUAAUGAGGAAGUGUUGACGGAUGCCUGUUGGGCCCUCUCUUAUCUUUCUGAUGGCACAAAUGACAAAAUCCAAUAUGUCAUUGAGGCCGGUGUUGUUCCUCGACUUGUGGAGCUUCUCCAGCAUCCAUCACCAUCUGUGCUUAUUCCUGCCCUCCGUAGCAUCGGUAACAUUUUCACUGGUGAUGAUGCACAGACACAGAAGAAGCGUCGCGAAGGUCUUCAAGCCACGCAGCAACCUCAGUUCGCUCCUUCCGCCGAAUCUGCUGCUUCUACCAUCGACAAAAAGUUGGAGAGUUUGCCUUCCAUGAUUGGUGGUGUAUGGUCGAAGGAGAGAAACUUACAGCUCGAAGCGACUACUCAGUUCCGGAAACUGCUUUCUAUUGAGCGUAGUCCUCCAAUCGAGGAGGUGAUAGAAGCUGGUGUUGUGCCUCGGUUUGUGGAGUUUCUCAUGAGGGAGGAUUAUCCACAGCUCCAGGUUUGGUGCAUCCAUCAUGUAUCUGUCACAUUUGUGUACAACAGAUUAGGCUGUUGGUUUCUCAGAGUGAUGACGUCCUUGAGCAGGGGAAAGCCACAGCCUACUUUUGACCAGGUUUGUCUCUCAUUUCUUCCUGAGUUUGUCCUUAUGAUCAAGGAAGAUUAUGUAAUUUCUCUGAUCUCUCAAGAACUGGUUAGCCCAGGACUUCCGGCCCUUGAACGCCUGAUUCACUCGACUAAUGAGCAUCCAUCACCAUCUGUGCUUAUUCCUGCCCUCCGUAGCAUCGGUAACAUUUUCACUGGUGAUGAUGCACAGACACAGAUUCUUGGAAACAUUCAGUCUCUAACUUUCACAAACUCAAUCAUUUUCAUCUUCAAGCAGAAGAAGCGUCGCGAAGGUCUUCACGCCACGCAGCAACCUCAGUUCGCUCCUUCCGCCGAUUCUGCUGCUUCUACCGUCGACAAAAAGUUGGAGAGUUUGCCUUCCAUGAUUGGUGGUGUAUGGUCGAAGGAGAGAAACUUACAGCUCGAAGCGACUACUCAGUUCCGGAAACUGCUUUCUAUUGAGCGUAGUCCUCCAAUCGAGGAGGUGAUAGAAGCUGGUGUUGUGCCUCGGUUUGUGGAGUUUCUCAUGAGGGAGGAUUAUCCACAGCUCCAGGUUUGGUGCAUCCAUCAUGUAUCUGUCACAUUUGUGUACAACAUAUUAGGCUGUUGGUUUCUCAGAGUGAUGAUGUCCUUGAGCAGGGAUGUUGCUGGUGACUCUCCACGAUGCAGAGAUCUUGUACUAAGUCAGGGAGCUUUGUUACCACUACUUUCUCAGUUGAAUGAGCAUGCUAAACUUUCAAUGCUGAGAAAUGCUACUUGGACCCUCUCAAACUUCUGCAGGGGAAAGCCACAGCCUACUUUUGACCAGGUUUGUCUCUCAUUUCUUCCUGAGUUUGUCCUUAUGAUCAAGGAAGAUUAUGUAAUUUCUCUGAUCUCUCAAGAACUGAUUAGUCCAGGACUUCCGGCCCUUGAACGCCUGAUUCACUCGACUAAUGAGGAAGUGUUGACGGAUGCCUGUUGGGCCCUCUCUUAUCUUUCUGAUGGCACAAAUGACAAAAUCCAAUAUGUCAUUGAGGCCGGUGUUGUUCCUCGACUUGUGGAGCUUCUCCAGCAUCCAUCACCAUCUGUGCUUAUUCCUGCCCUCCGUAGCAUCGGUAACAUUUUCACUAGUGAUGAUGCACAGACACAGAUGAACAAGUGCUCGGGAACAUUAUUUCGGUCGGAGAUCUACAUCGCCCCUAUUGUUUUGGUCGCCGCUAUUCUGACUUGUGUGGUUAGAAAGUUGAGAGAUAACCAUCAUGCUGGCUGGCUUUACUACUGA